GAGGCAUUUAAAAAGGUUCGCUGGCGGGCUUAACGUGUGCCUUCUUGUGGCAGUUUUGAAUGCUGGCGGCUUUGCGUUUGGGUCUAAAAGCUGUAGGCCUUGAAAUACACUACGGCCAAUGCUAGAACGCAAACACUUGUAGUAGACAUGAGCCGGGCAAUAGAUCGAUUGUCAUAUCUACAUGCCAGUGACUAUGAAUUUGCACCAGACCUGGCAAGUACAUUUGAUCCAUGUAAGAAUCUGAAUGAUGUCUUCCAGUCCAUCCCUAUUGAGGAGGUUGAUGUAGAGAAUCUCAAAGUUUACCUGAGAGUAAGGCCAAGUCUACCUGAUGAACAAGAAGUAAAUGAGGAUACACAGGUUGAUAUUUUGGACAACCACAACAUCAUCCUUACAGCUCCUGCUUCCUCAAACACUUUCAAGAAUAGCACAAAUGGCAUUACAAAACUCAGUCAAAAGUUCACAUUUUCUCAAAUCUAUGGACCAACUACAAACCAGAAAGAAUUAUUUAAUGGAUCUACCUUAGGACUAGUGAAGGAUUUUGUAAAUGGACAAAAUUGUUUACUGUUCACUUAUGGAGCCACAAACUCAGGGAAAACUUUUACUGUACAGGGUACACCUAAUGAUGCUGGUAUUUUACCUCGUACUCUUGAGGUACUUUUCAACACAGUGGGGGAGCAGCAAUAUGAACCCAAUGACCUCAAACCCCGCUACUUUUGUGGUGUGUUGCGUCUUGAAGAAAAUGAUAUUAGAAAGGAAGAAGAGAAGAAAGAGAAAAUCUUCAAGAUAACUUCAGAUCUAGGGUCAACUUUCUCUCAGUCAACAAUGAGUCUUUCAAAAAUUUCCUUUGGGGACUGUUCUCUUAAUACCUCAUAUCCAUCAACAGCCAGUGACAUUAGUAGAGUUUCAUCUGUCAUUGAUAACCGUUGUCAAGAUGAUACAGCUCUUGAGUUGGAAAACUCGGAAAAUACUGUGUAUGCGGUUUUUGUUUCAUUUGCUGAGAUAUAUAAUGAAUAUAUCUAUGACUUGUUAGAGAAAAUGCCAACAUGCAAAAAGAAUAAACGUAACCCUCUAAUGUUGGGAGAAGAUAGGAAUAGUGCCAUUUACAUAAAAGGGUUACAGGAAGUGAGAGUCCGAAGUGCUGAGGAGGCAUGGAAACUUUUGGAAAUUGGGCGCCAAAACCUUCACUUUGCUACAACCAGACUAAACCAUAAUUCUUCUCGUUCACAUUGCAUUUUCACAAUUAAGCUGAUCAGGAUGGCUGAUGCUCAGAAUCCUCAUGUUGCAAGAGUUUCAAUGUUGUCAGUGUGUGACCUUGCUGGUGCAGAACGGGCAGGAAAGACCCAUGGAAGUCAUGACCGACUAAAGGAGGCAGGAAAUAUUAAUUCCUCUCUGCUUGUGCUAAGUCGAUGUAUUGAGGCUUUAAGGCGAAACCAGAUGCAGAAGGGUAACAAGAAGCGUGAGGUUCCAGUCCCAUACCGUGACAGCAAAUUGACACGGCUAUUUCAGAGUUUUUUCCUCGGACGGGGAAAAGCUGCAAUGAUUGUGAACAUCUCAAAAACUCCUCUUCUUUUUGAUGAAACUCUUCAGGUCUUGAAGUUUUCUGCAAUUGCUAAACAGGUAGCAAUUAGUCAAGCUAAGGAAUCAGCGUGCCAGAUUAAAAUACCUAAACGCAACAGUCACUUUUCAAAGUUCAUUCGCCAGUCCUUCAAUAGUUCAGGACGCUUAUCUGUUCCUUGGGCAAAAGAUGGAGACGUGACCUUUGGAGAAAGUGAAAAGGGAGAUGAAGAAGUCAUGGAAACAGUCAAAGAAGAGGAGGAAGAGGAAGAGGAUGAAAGAUAUGAGGCACUGGUACAACUCAUUUCUAGCUUAAAGGAUGAAUUGAUGAAAGAACAUAAAGAAAAGGUGGAAAUGGAAGAGCGAAUAAGAGAGGAACUUUGUGCAGAGUUUUCCCACCAGCUGGUAGAGAUUGAAAACAGUUGGAGUCAACGCCUGAAGAAUCAGCAAGCCCGGUCUGAAGAACUUACAGACUGGAGGAUCAAUGCUCUGAUGAAAUCUACCAAGAAAAUUAACAGUCGAAAGCGUGUUCGCCCUGAAGAUGACCCAGAUGAGGAGUACGUGUCUUCAAUAUUGCUUCAUCGGGAGGAACAAAAAGUCCAAGAACAAGCAACAUAUAUAGAAGAGUUGGAAACAGAGAAAAAACUCAUGGCAGAUGAAGUUGAGGCAUUGAAGAUAUCACAAAAGAAAACAAGUGAAUUGCUGAUGAGAUCCCAAGAGGAGAACUCCAGGUUAACUUUCCAGCUUGCACAGCUUACUGCCAGCUUUGACAAAGUCAAUAAAGAAUUGGAAGCUACACAGAAACUGAGCAUGUCCAUCACUACAGAGAAUUUAGUCGUAGAAGAACUGAAGCGAAGAGUUGAGGAAAGCAAGACAGUGAUAGCCGAUCAAGAUGAAGAAAUUAAGGAUUUAAAGGAGAUGCUUAUAGAAUGUGCAGAAGAGUUUACAGCAAAGCAGCAGGAAUGUUCCACUCUUGCAAAAUCUCUUGACAUGAGUGAAGGCACAAUUGCAAAGCAGCUGGUAAGUAUCAGUGAGCUGGAGAACCAAAUCUUAGAGGCCCGGUUUAUAGUCAGCCAAUAUGCUGCACAAGUGGAAGAGAGGGAGCAGCAUACAGCAGAGUUAAGAGAACAACUUGAGGCUUCCAAGAAAUUGUCAGACAAAGAACAUGAGUUGACUGCAGCUCAGAAGGAAAAGGAGAAUGCUGUUCACCAGAAAGAAAAGAUGGAAGAGGAUUACCUUAGAGAUAAGAGCAAACUGCUUCUGGAACUUGCUGAUCUGAAACGAUGUGGACCUCAGAAAACAUUGGCUUCAAAAGAAUCUGAAGAAGACUUGCAGCUCCAUUUCAAAAUCGCAGAAUUGGAAAGAGAGAAGGAAGAAUCAGACAGAGAGAAAGAUCAGCUAAAGAAUCAGUUAACAGAAUCAAAAGACUUGUUUGCGCACCUGCAGACAGCCAAUAGAAAUCUUGAAAGCCAGUUUGAUACAAUACAAAAUGAAAAUGAAAAGCUGAAAGAAACUGUUGAUGAGCUGAGCUCCAAGCUGGUUCAUAUACAAGAAGAAAGAGCUGAAGACCAGUUAGAUAUUUCAGCUCAGAAAGCAACGACUGCUGAAGCUAUCAGUCAAGUGCAUGAUUAUCAGAAGGAAUUGAAAGAAAAAGAUAUGCAAAUUAAUAAUUUAAAUAGUGAAAUUCAGGACUUACAGACACAGAUGAAAAGAUUAGAAGAGAAGAGUAAUGACAAGGACCUCAAGGAAGAAUUCAGGAGGCUUCAAGAACAUUCAGAUGCUUUGUCCACAGAGCAAAAUGAACUGCAAGAAAAUAUUCUUAAACUAAAAGCAGAAAUCUCCACUCAAAAGGAAGAAAUUGAUCAUCUGAAACAGUCCACAGUUCCAAAAGAUGAUCUCUUGCAGGUGAAAGAAGAGCUUGGAAAUAAAUUAGAAGAAAUAGACAUCCUUAAGAAAGAAACAGAACAACAACAACAAAAGGCAUUAGAUACCAUGAAAGAGGAACUUGAAGAGAAAAAUUGUCUUCUGAAGAUUAUGGAAGAAGAAAAGCAUUCGUCAGUAGAAAAUCUUAGAAUGGAUGUAUCAGAUAAGAAUUCCAGAAUAUUUGAUUUGGAGAAGGAAAUUGAACUCCUGAAAUCAGAAACCGAAAAUUAUAUGAAGUAUGUAUCUCAAGUACAAGAACUUGAAACUCAAUUAAAGGAUAAGAAGUUGCAAAUGGAGGAGAUUUUGCUUAGUAAGUCACAGGUAGAAAAGGAGGCACAGGUAAAAAACAGCAAGAUUGAGGAACAGGAUUCUGAAAUUUGUAAAUUGAGAGCUGAAAAUCAGGUUAAGGAUGAAGAGAAGAAGGCAUUCCUUGAGGAGGUACAGGCUGAAUUAGAUGAUCUAAAGAAAGAAAAAGAAAGAUUACAAGAAACACUAACAUCACAUCAAAAGGAAGCAGACAAAACUAUUGAGCAGAUAAACAUAAAGAAGACAGAGUUAAUUGAAGAGAUUGGCCAUCUAAAAAUGGCUCUACAGGAAAUGGAAAAUUGCAAAUCCACAUUAGAAUUGCAGCUCUCUGGACUCCCAGAGAUACAGGAAAGAGAAAAGGUAUUGAAGAUUCGUUUAGAAGAAAUGCAACAAGAAAAAUUUUUGAAUGAGAAGAAAUUUUUGGAGCAGGAUUCUGCUGCAUAUAAGGAAAAACUGAAUGAGCAAGAGGAACUUCUAGCAUCCCUAACUGAAGGAAAUGAUGAGCUCAAGGUAAAGCUUUCUGAAUUUGAAGGAUUCAACAAGACUCUCAGUGACCAGCUAAAAGAGAAGGAAGAAGUCAUUGUUUCUUUAAAUGCAAAGGUCUCUGUUUGUCAUAUGUUGAACUAUGUCAAGACUACAAUAGACUGCUUCAGUUGA